CACAUCGUCAAAGAGAACAGUCGGUUUACUAUGCGUAACUACUCAAAAACCUGUCCCAACACCAAACAGGACAGAUGAAAUAGUGAAUGAGUGUCUUUUACAUGCCAUUUCUAUUAAUUUAUUGCCUGCCUAGUGAAUACAUUUAGGUCGAAAAUGGCGCUCGUAUGUGAUACAAGCAAUAACGGACCCUCUGAGGAUGCCUCCCCGGCAGCGGAGCCUCCCCCCGCUCUUGCGGGCGGGGAGGAGGAAGGAGAAGACUUGGAGGACGGCGAAAUAGAAGACGACGACGACGAGGUCCCCGUCGACGUCGCCCCCCAAAUCCUCGAAGCUCCCCCGCCCCAAAUCCCCAACUUGCUGGCAUCGCCGGUGCUGAAAUCCCCCCCCGACAGGGACAGGAGGAAGCACGAGGAGAAGUUGGGGAAAAAACACAUGACCGAAGCGGAGAAAAGCAUCCUGCAUCUGAGGAAGCGGGAGAAAAUGCAGCGGGAGAAGUGGGAGAAGUACAAGAGGGAGGUGCCGAAUGCUGCCGAUACAAUGGAUGAUGAUUUCGCCAAAAACAUCGAGAAGACUCUGGCGACCAUUUUGAGCAAGAAGGAGAAGGAGGCGCAGCUAGGGGAGUCGAACGAAGACAAAGAGGAGAAGGAGGUGGAAGUCGUGCCCAAAAGGGGGAGGAAGAGGAAAAAGCAAAACAAGAAGCAAAAGCAGAACAAACAAAGACGUACCGAGUCCCCCAAAAUGGAGGAGUUUGACGAAAAUGAGAUGCUUAAUGUUAGAGGGGGGAGUCCGCUGAGAAAUGAAGAAAGGAGGGAUCGAUCGCUCACCCCAAAUAUGGACGAUUCAAUGUCUUCUCAAGAUUACUCUUCAGAUAAAAGUGAAGAGAAGUCCAGAAAACGGGAUAGAAAAAACAAUAGAAAAAACAGGGAUAGGAAUAAGCACAGGGACAGGGAGAGAAAUAAUAGGACUGAACCCCAGAUGUCUGAUUCCCAGGGUGUUUGCGUAUAUUAUUUGCAGGGAAAAUGCCAAAAGACAAACUGUCCCUUCUCGCACGAGGCCUCCCCGCCUAUGAAGCUGGAACUCUGCAAGUUCUAUUUGAUGGGUUGUUGCGCGAAAGGCGAAAAGUGUUCGUACAUGCACCACAAUUUCCCGUGUAAAUUUUACCACACGGGUUUAAAUUGCACGCAGGGCGAAAACUGCAAGUUUGCGCACGGGAAACCUUUAAGUGACGAGUUGAAGCAGAUUUUGUUCAAACACAUAGAAACCGCCCCCAGAGACAUUCUGGGCGGUUUUCCGAGGAUGUCGAGGGAAGAAGCUCUGACGAAAAUCAACGUGACGCAGAUAAAUUUACAAAACGAGUACGGUAUAACGCCGUCAGAUGUCGGUGCUGUAGGGGGCGGCGGUGGUGGGGGAAUACCCUCCCUUUUUGACAUUGAUGUACCCGUGCCGCCAGAACUGCAGGGGGACGAUCCCAUGGGCGGGGGCGGUCAGAGUGGGGGCGGCAAGGAGAAGGAGAAAGAAAGGAGGAACAGGAGGAGUAGAUGGCAAGAUUCCGAUGGAAAUAACCCCAAAAAACCGUUCGAUUUCGGACACGACCAAGAUAUGAGAAUCAACAGCAACGGCGACGUGGACAUGCGCACUCUUGCAGUAGCGCCGCCUCUCGCUAAAAAGCAGGACUUUAUCGACCUGGAGCAGUACAAACGCGAGGCGACAGCCAACAUGGACGUCGACAUCAGGUCGAGCAUGCUGCGCGGUUUCCAAGGCAACAGUGACGUCGACAUCCGCUCUAUGGCGACGAAAGACGUCGACAUCCGGCAGAUGGCGUUCUUCGGCGGCGUCGGCAAGCAGGAGAAGGGGGAGGAGGGGGAAGCGGGGGAGGAUUUCACCAAGGACAUCGACAUCAAUCCGCCGGAGAUGCCGAAGGCGCAGCGCGAGCUGUUCCUGCGCAUACAGGCGCAGCAGUCGAAGAACGUGCGGAGCGUAGCCAAAGAGGAAACUCUCGAACGCGAAGACGACAACAUUAAUUGGUAUUCGGAUGACGAGAGCGACGACGAGAACCGCUUGACGAUUAAGGACGACAACGAGGACGUCAAGGAGAAGGAGGAGGCCAAAAGUGAUUUGACGAGCAUAAAACCGCAAGACGUGGUGGAAAAGCUGGGCGACCUGUCGAAAAUCGACAUCUCCGCCGAAGUGACGAAACUUCUGACGUCGAUGUCGCAAGCCAAACAGGUGGCCGCCGUUACCGCCCCCGCGGCCGCUCCCGCGGAAAAAAAGGAGCCCGCCCCGCGCAGGGACCCCAGGAGCCAGCCCAACGAGCCCAGCGAACCGAAAGCAGACAAUCCAAAAGUGGCCGCGAACGAUCCUAGAACGGCCAGCAGCGAUCCCAGAGUGGCCACGAACGAUCCCAGGCAGAGAUCGUCGCGACAAAGCUCGACGGAAAACCAGAAAUCGGAGAAAAUCAGCAUCUACGAGCAGGGUAGCAUCAACGUGUCGGAUAACGAAAUCAAAUCACCCGAUGUCGACAGAAUGUCGAGGUCGGACGUGGACUUGAGGAACAUGCCGCUCCCCUUCAAAGCGAUGGAAAAUUACACCCCCGCCACUGAGAUCGACGCCAGCGUCAACUCGCAUCCGGUCAUAAUCUGGAAGGUUGGGAUAGUGGAGAUCCCGCGCCCGGAUUACACCGGACUGAAGUUGUCCGUCAACGAGGCCGAAAAGUCCGGGGAUCCCCGACUGAGAAAAAUAUUCAGAUUAUCGAUUGAGGAAAAAGACAGUCCGAUGUCGCCGACGCGGCAAGAGAGCACCAAACAAGCGCGCAUCGAUCCGCGUCUUUUGCGUAAACAAGAGGAGAACAAAGCGGUCGUCAACAACGAUCAACAGAUGAACUUCAAUCAACAGUUGAACAUGCUGCAGAACUCGAACUUCUACCAAAGCCUUACAAGCAACCAGAAACUGCUGCUAAACCAGGAGUUGGCGUCGAGGAAUGACCAGAACAUGCACGACCCGGUUUUGAACAGCAUGUUAGGCAACCUGAACAUCAUCCCCAACGCCAAUCUUCAGGCCAAUCCCAGCGUGAGAGUCGCGUUGGGGAUUUUGGCCAGCAUAUCGAAAAUCGCCAACCCCAUGAUGGGGCCGCAGCCGGGGCUGCUCGGGGCCGCCCCCGGCGUCCCCAACAUGUCGCACGAGUUCCCCAUCAAUUUCGACCCCCGCAACGGCGGGUUGCUAGGCAACGCGCCGCAGCAGUUCCCGUCAAACUUCCCGCCCAAUUUCCCGCCCCCGGACGAUUUUUACCCGCCGCAAGAUAAUGGCGGGUACAUGGAGGGGCCGCCGCCCCGCCACUGCAACCCCAACCCCUCCAACAGGGGGUUCAACAGGGACCGAAGGCGCGGCAGAAGCAACUUUAACAGGAACGCGCGGAAUUUCAGGCAGAACAGGCAGAACAGGGCCAACAGAAGCCACACGCCCCCCUAAGUUGGCAACGCCAUUUAAGUUGGCAACGCCGAUCACGCAGCGCGCUGCUUUACCGACUGAUUUUGACGUAAGGACUAUUUUUGAAUAGCAGUUGCAGUUUUUCAAGUUUUGGUGCCGCGAAAAAGUAUUGAACAAAAACAAUCUUGUUUUUAUUGUUUUUAUCGUUAUAUAUAAUAAAAUUUAAAAAUACACGCAAGGGUUUUUAAAUAAAUACAAAUUUAAUGUUUAAGGUGGUUUUUUACUUAUUUUACGCCGAAGAGAAUCUUUAGCGUAUUGUCAAAUUAAAUUAAACUACUUUUAAUUUGAGACUUCCAAUUUGUAUUCCACGACACUCAGAAAUUUCUAUGGAAAUUAAAAUCGCAAAUUUAACAUCAAACAACACAAAUAACUUGAAAACCCCCGACUUUUAUUAGUUAGUGUGUCAAACCAUCUGAGCAAUAACUUUUUAUACGGUUUUAGCAAUAAAACUUUGGUAUUUAGAAUUUAGGUGGAAUUAAUACAAAAUGUUGACAUUUUUACGUAUUAAUCUUGUUUUUAAUAUUGUAAUAAUUAUAUGAAAGGAAUUAAUAAUAAUAAUAUUGUACAUUGAGACUGGAGACUGGAUUAAUCAGUGAAUUUAAUUAGAAAUUCUCAUUCCCCCAAAAGACGAUCAGUUAGUGUAUAUAUUGCGUAAAAUAAUUUAUUUUUUAUAAAUAGGUACCCACUGGAAUUGUACGAUGUUUAUUUUGACAAUUGUAAAUUAUUUUUGUUAUAUGAUUUGUAGUGUUGAUAUUGGUCAAUUAUCUGUACAUUGUGUAUAUAAUAUUUCUUUAUAUAUCGUUCUUAUUUAAUAAAUAC